UUUUCGCAGACGGCCACAAAGCAAAGGUCUCAGCUCUUAUGGGGUAGACAUAUCCAUAUGAAAUUAACAGAUGCGUGCAGGGAAGGCUAGCAAGUUUCGCUAGAGAGACGAAGGGAGGCUAGGUGAUUGCUACGAUUUGGAGACAGAGGGUAAUGCGGGCAUGUGCUGUAGUGUGAGGAGAUUCGAGGUUGGUAGUUCAGUUCUUUUCAGCAGUUCACGAUCUUUAUCGUUAGAUACUGUGCAAGUUGUGGGAGACUGUUUUAGGAGCUGGUUGCGCACGUGAGACGUGUUUGGAAAGUAGUGGGAGUGUCUGUGAGCUUUGCGGGGGUCGCAGGGGAGGUUGUGUGCUUUUGCGGUAGACGGUUGAGGUUUUGUAGCAAGAUUUUUGGGUGAGGAGGAGGGUGUUGGAAAUAAGAUAGCAGGGCUUUGGAGAAGGGUAGGGGCUGCGGAGUGCGAAGGUGAAUGUGAUGGUGUAAUGUUGUGGGUAAGGAGAUGAGAUAGAGUGCGCGUUUUGAUGACGGCAGAACGCAGGCAGCCGGAGUGUUUUGGAAGAAAUCUUGCAUGAAGAGGGUGUAUGAGUGAAGAAGCAGCGUUUGGCUUCGAUAUUGGGGAGGUGGAAUUGGAGAGAAGAGGUAGGUAGGACUGAAGAGCUGGUGGAAGAGUGGAGUGUGAACGCUGCUGUGUGCUGUUGGGACACUACGGCGCUGCAACGGUGUUGUCUUGUGAGUUUCAAGCUGAUAGGCUGUUGGGAUACGAGACAUUGCAGCGUUGAGUUGGGUCUUGAAUUAAAUAAUACGCGGCGUGAUGGUCGUGGUUUAAGGUCCUGGCGUGCCUCAUUACUUGUGAAAAAGUCUUUGGUACUGGCUCCUCAACGAGGUUGAUAGGUCCGUGAAGCUUCACACACGUGCGGUACGUUGUUGGAUGAUGACCAGCGUCGGCACCAUCUGUGCGUCUUCAAAGCACCGUUUCUCGUGAAGUUUUCUCAAGUGCUGUAAUACCGUCGUUCUGAAGACUGGAGACAAUCGAGUGCUGAAUGGUUUGAAAUUUGCAGCGUUGAACUGAAAAAGAUAUCUGAUACGGAACACUCUUCUGCACUUGUAACGCAAUUUUAUGUCAGAUAUAUUCCUCAUAGCUCGAUUGAGAAUGUUGGAAGUUCCACGACUACACCAUGGCAACGGCAACUAUCUGCUGCGGGUGGCGAAUACAAAACCUUGUAGCGCUCUUUUGCCAAGACUAAUCUUCUUCGUAAACGUGUGAAGACCGUGAGAAGUUUUCUCGUGCGUUCUGGGUUUGCGUAAACAGCAGUGGCACAUGUCACGGUGAUGGAGCCUACCUUGACCGUAAAUUAAUUUGCUGGAAGUAAGAGCCGAGAGAUGGAAGAGGCAGAUCCAUGCAGAGGAACCAGGUAGGGAUGGAACAAAGAGGCCGAACCGAAGGCAAGGGAAUCGAAUCUGUUGGCAACAGCAAGAGACGCUUAGCAACUGGCCGGGAGCGCAGCACUCCUGUAGUCGGUCUCGCUGUAUUGCGCGUGUUGAGGAAUCUGUCUUGGUCUAGAGGGCUGCGAAUACCACGUCGUCUGCUACCUCCAACUCACCCACAUCGGAGUCCGGGGGCUACUUUGUACUAUUCCGACCACGAAUCUGUGAGGUGCUGCGCUGCUUUUUAUUUUGUGCCUAGGAUGAAAGGAUUGCGGGGAUCGUCGUUAAACGGUUCAAGAAGAAUACCGAUGGAUGCUGCGUCAGAAGACAAGUUUGAGGAACGCAGCCUAGAUGGAACAAGUUCCACCCUUAGUAUGGAAGGUCUCAGUAUGGACCUUUUAGGCGACGGAGAUGCGAGUUUUAGCCUGAAUCACUGUGAUGAUGGCGCAAGCAGCUCAACGGGAUCUUCACCAUUGGGGUGGCCACUGGCUAGAAUGGACAGGCAAAGUGCAGCUCCUUCGCCUUCAUCAUCGAACAUGCCAAGUGGAAGGAAAGAUUUCAUGUUGGAGGAAAAGGAGGAGAGCAGAACUACAGAGCUCCUAGAGGUGGAAAUGAUGAAGGAGAAGUUUGCAAAGCUACUGCUUGGGGAGGAUAUGUCAGGUGGGGGCAAAGGUGUUUCCACAGCCUUAGCUAUAUCGAACUCAAUCACGAAUUUGUCAGCGUCAGUGUUUGGAGAGUUGUGGAGGUUGGAACCAUUGUCUAUGAAACGGCGUAAUAUGUGGAGGCGAGAGAUGAAUUGGAUACUUUCAGUCAGUGAUCAUAUUGUUGAGCUAGUCCCGUCUUGGCAACGAUAUCCGGAUGGAAUCACAGUGGAGGUAAUGGUAACCAGGCCCCGAUCAGAUCUCAGCAUCAACUUGCCAGCACUUAGAAAGUUGGACAAUAUGUUGCUCGAGUCGCUAGAUAGUUACCAUGAAACGGAAUUCUGGUAUGUUGAGCACGGAAUUUCGGUCUCUGAGGACAGUAGAAGUGUGCGGCAUUCUAUGCAACGGCAAGAAGAAAAGUGGUGGCUGCCUACCCCGAAUGUACCAGCUAAUGGUCUUUCAGAGGCUUCUGAAAAGUUUUUACACCAUCAAAGGGAUGCCACAAGCCAAAUUCUUAAAGCUGCUAUGGCUAUUAAUGCUCAAGUGUUGAUUGAGAUGGAGGCGCCGGAGAGCUACUUCGAAACUCUUCCUAAGAACGGAAGAGUCUGCCUGGGCGAUGACCUGUACCGGGCCAUAGCCUCCGACCACUUUUCUCCGGAUCGGCUUGUAUCAAAAUUGGAUAUAGAUGACGAACACAGUAUUUUAGAGAUGGCCAAUCGGCUGGAAGCUGCAGUGGUUGGAUGGCGGCGAAGAAGUCAGACGAAGGCAAUGACACAGAUUAUGCCGUAUGAGAACAAGCUCAAUCGCAAAACCUCUUGGAGCAAAAUGAAAGACUUCGUUGGCGAUGCAGAAAGGAGAGCGGUUCUUGCAGAAAGAGCGGAGAGUGUACUCUUGUACCUGAAACAACGAGUUCCAGGGAUGUCGCAGACUGCCUUGGAUGCAAACAAGAUACAGUUCAACAGGGAUGUCGGGCAGUCGAUUCUGGAAAGCUACUCCCGUGUGCUGGAAAGUCUAGCACACAACAUCAUCGCACGCAUCGACGACGUCCUGUAUGCCAACGACCUAGUGAAGAGAUCACUGGGACCGCAACCAUCCAUGGCGCGUGAGGAUAGAUCCCUCUCGCGGCGUCUCAGUUUCUCAGGGAGAAGAACGAGGCACAACGGGUCCACGCGGUUCACUGCCUUGAGCACCGCAUAUGCGACGCCUUCCAUCUCGCCGAGCUGUUCCCCUACGAUGAGUCCUCGCCCAACGACGCCGACCUCUCCCCUGGAGGGCGUCAAAGCGCCGAUUCUAACGCCGGGACUGGGCAAAGCACUGUCAGAUUACAUGUGUAGACAUAUACCUGAAGGUGGAUCGUUGCUGGAGCUUGAAGUGCCCCAGAAGUUUUCGUUAGAUGGUGGUAGGCCAUGGACAUAUGCCGGCCAUCUCGAGAAUUCGCACGCUCUCCAUAGUCCCCCCGGGCGGGAUUAGUUGUAGAAACACACCUUUUGUGGGUUCAUUCUUCCUUGUACAGUAUCCCAUUCUUCACUGAUUGAAACUGAUCUUCUGCAAGCUC